AUGGAGUUCGACGCCGGCGCUGGGGUGGCACAGCGCUUGCGCCUGCGCCAGCUACCCGCCGGCCCCGUCCCCGGCCGCAACCGCUGGGUUAGGGUGGGCGGCGGAGCGACCGGCAUCGGUUGGGCCCACCGCGCGACCGCGCCGGGGCUCUCGCUGGCUCCCGCCGCCACGAGACGGUCGGUCUCCGCGGCGGGAGGAGGCCACCUGCUUCACGGGCGCGUCGUCGUUCGCUCAACCGGCGACGGCGGCGGCCGUGUGGGUUUCCGCGGCGAGGACGCCGAGGGUGAUCGAUCACCCGCUGCGCGCGCCUCAUCGUUGGAUGGCGCGAAGGGCGCGACUCCUGCGCGCUAUUCAGUUCGGGAUCACUCUGGAGGAAUUAGGAAGGAGCUCAUGAACCUGGCUGUACCGGCCAUAGUUGGGCAAGCAAUCGAUCCUGUGGCGCAGUUACUGGAAACCGCAUAUGUUGGCCGCUUAGGUCCUGUGGAGCUGGCUUCAGCUGCCGUUGGUAUGUCAGUAUUCAACAUUAUAUCAAAGCUCUUCAACAUACCCCUCCUAAGUAUCACGACAUCAUUUGUGGCUGAAGAUGUGUCAAAACAUGACUCUUCACAGUCUGCUUCGGGAAACAUAUCUGGCAAGAUUGGAGAAAGGAAGAGGCUUCCUUCAAUUUCUUCUGCUUUAGUCUUGGCAGCUGCAAUUGGUGUCAUUGAAGCCUUGGCUUUGAUUUUGGGGUCUGGAAUACUCCUCAAUAUUAUGGGUGUCUCACAUGCAUCAGCUAUGCACAAUCCAGCAAGGCUAUUUCUUUCUGUAAGAGCACUUGGUGCUCCUGCUGUUGUUGUUUCAUUGGCUAUCCAAGGUGUGUUUCGUGGACUGAAAGAUACAAAAACACCUCUACUUUACAGUGGUUUGGGCAACAUCUCAGCUGUGGUUCUGCUUCCUUUUUUCGUGUAUUCCCUGAAACUUGGAUUGACUGGAGCUGCACUUGCAACUAUUGCUUCACAAUAUGUUGGUAUGUUUCUACUUCUUUGGUCUUUAAGCAAGAGAGCAGUUCUGUUACCACCGAAAAUCAAAGACCUAGAGUUUGUUGGGUACAUAAAAUCUGGUGGCAUGCUGUUAGGAAGAACCCUUUCAGUUCUGAUAACAAUGACUCUUGGGACUGCAAUGGCUGCUCGGCAAGGCACAGUAGCUAUGGCCGCUCAUCAAAUAUGUCUGCAAGUUUGGCUGGCAGUAUCAUUACUUUCGGAUGCAUUGGCUGUUUCUGCCCAGGCACUGAUUGCAAGUUCAUUUGCUAAACUUGACUACGAAAAAGUGGAGGAGGUCACGUUCUAUGUAUUAAAGGUUGCAGCCUUAACUAAGAGUGUUCGUUGGUAUCGCUUAGCACUUCUUCUGUUUGCCUCUUUUGGUAGACUUGCAGAAAUAUUCUCCAAAGAUCCCAUGGUUAUACAAAUUGUGAGGGGUGGUGUUUUGUUUGUUAGUGCUAGCCAGCCUAUCAAUGCCCUCGCUUUUAUCUUUGAUGGACUCCAUUUUGGUGUCUCAGACUUCUCGUACUCAGCUUCCUUCAUGAUGGUAGUUGGGGCAAUAUCCUCUUUGUUUUUGCUGUAUGCUCCACAAUUUUUCGGGCUUCCUGGUGUUUGGGCUGGCCUGGCUCUUUUCAUGAGUUUGCGUGUGACUGCUGGAUCUAUGAGGUAA